CAGAUCAUCAAAGCCGCCAGGCUUCGCCCCACCAUCAAAGAGACAUGUUCGAGACAGUUGAGCACCGGCCGCUGGCCCCAGUGCUCGGUCUCUCGCGCUGAUUUCGAACGGAAGAGAAAGCGGACGUCGCGUCGCGCUCGUUUGCUCGGUGCCGCGUCACUUUUCCCCGGAUUCAAAUUAGAGGACGACUCGCGGAUUCUUCGAUACAGUAGAACGUCUAUUAUUUCGAGUACCCGGGUUUCUGUAGUCGAUUUCUUGGGUUCUCGUCGAGGAAAACCGAAGGUGCAAAGAUGAUUAUUAAUCGUGACUGUACCGUUCGAAUGAAUUGAUUAGUUUGACUUUAUUUGUCGAUUGAUACGUGUCUUGAAGUGUAAACAGUGUUACGUGACCUCGAUACUGGUUAUGAUAAGCGACGUUCUACCGUACUUCAUUGUAGAUUACUGGGUUGUAACAUAAAUACGUUGUUCGUUGGUAGCUUCGGGAUACAGUGGAAUAAUAGUGUUUUUUGGCUAGAAAUGGCGUCUCGUUCGUUACAGUUACGAGUGUUUGCGACAAGUCAUAGCUGAAUCCUCUAAAUUAAGACGUUCUUACUUCCAGCCGCAUUUAUGUUACUACCUGAUAAUUAGGCGUCGGAGGUAUACAACGAUCGAUUAAAAUUCGAGAAAGUGCUCGUGUGAGAACCUUAGAGACUGCGACGUUAAAUGGACGAAAACAAUAGCCCCGCGAGGAAACUAGUUUGCGGAUGUUCGCAAGGCCAAGUCGCAGUCUGAGAUCCUGCAGGAUGAUCGGGAACCAGGAAGCGGUGCAGUGGUUUUCACUGAUAGUUUCGAUUGCUUGCCAUUGUGUAGCAACCAGUGAACGACCGCAUAUUGUGUUUAUUUUGGCGGACGACUUGGGAUGGAACGACGUCGGUUUUCACGGUUCUGGGCAGGUCCCGACGCCGAACAUCGACGCACUCGCGUAUUCCGGGAUUAUUCUGGACAAGUAUUACGUGAGUCCGAUCUGCACACCAUCUCGCAGCGCUCUGAUGACCGGCAAGCAUCCCAUCAACAUCGGAAUGCAACAUGGAGUUCUGAAAUGCGCCGAGCCGAGGGGUCUUCCUCUUCGGGAGAAACUUCUACCGGAAUAUCUGCGGGAACUUGGUUACAACACGCACAUCGUAGGGAAAUGGCAUCUGGGCUUCUACACGAAGGAAUAUACACCUACCUAUAGGGGAUUCGAUUCUCAUCUUGGCUUCUGGAGUGGUCAUCAGGACUAUUUCGAUCAUACCGCGGUUGAAAGCCCUUAUUGGGGCCUGGACAUGAGACGGGGCCUAGAACCAGCAUGGGACCUCCACGGCCAAUAUUCCACCGAUAUUUUCACCAGAGAAGCUGAGAAACUUAUCGACGCUCACAACACGUCUCGUCCCAUGUUCCUCUACCUCGCUCACGCUGCCGUGCACUCCGGCAAUCCCUACAACCCCCUGCCAGCACCUGACCCUUCGGUCGCCAGAUUCAGCGACAUUCGGGAUUACAAUCGACGCCGAUACGCUGGUAUGCUAGCCAAACUGGACGAAUCGGUUGGCCUCGUGGUCGAGGCGCUCCGCAAGAAGCAGAUGCUAGAGAACAGCAUAAUAGUGUUCUCCACGGACAACGGUGGUCCACCGGCAGGUUUCAAUUUGAACGCAGCGUCUAAUUGGCCGCUGAGGGGCGCAAAGAACACGCUAUGGGAAGGUGGCGUGAGAGGAGCUGGAUUCAUAUGGUCUGCGAAGUUGUUGCCAGAACCUGGAAGACUCGGUUCCCAGAUGUUCCAUGUCACCGAUUGGCUGCCUACUCUGUUGGACGCUGCCGGCGGCAAUCCGUGGGACUUGAGCAUCGACGGAAUGAAUUUGUGGGACGCUUUGAAGAACAACGACGAGUCGCCCCGGAAAACUGUGCUUCACAACAUCGACAACAUUUAUGGCAUCUCGGCGAUCACUCAUCGCGAUUACAAGCUGAUUAAAGGAUCCACUUACGAAGGACAAUGGGACGGUUGGUAUGGUCCAUCGGGUAGAGAAUGGGCCUACGAUGUGCCGCGAGUGAUAAGUAGUCUAGCGGGACGAGCAGUAGCCAGCAUCGGUCUGAAAUUGGCGCCGAAGAGGAUUCGAGAACUCCAGUCGUCGGUGAUGGUCAAGUGUCCACCGAGGAAUGAAACUCUGCCGCCCUGCAAACCCUUGAAGGCGCCAUGUUUGUUCGACAUCCGUCGAGAUCCUUGCGAGGGCAAUAACAUCGCCAAGCUGUUCCCCGAGAUUGUCAAUGAUUUAUGGGAGGAGAUACAAAGGCUGAACGACUCGUCGGUGCACCCCGGGAAUCUUCCUUGGGACCAGAAAGCGAAUCCAGUUUUCUGGGACCACACGUGGACCAAUUUCGGGGACCACUUGAACUCCUUCGAGGCGUCGUUGGUGGGAGCUAUGUGACGGUGCACGACGAUGGACAACGUACUAUAGACCAAAGUGUUGCGAUCAACGUAAAUAUUUCUAACGUUCUAAGGACGCAAGAACAUUUGCGAAUUACUGCAAAUUAUUGCGAUUUAUUGUACAAUCAUAACAAACAGGAAGCCAUUUUCGAUCGACUUAAAUGUAGUUCCGUUAUUGUACCGUUCCAUUAAGCUAAUAACACAAAAAAAACAAGAACAUGAAAUAUAUUCGAAUGCAUUUAUGCU